GUUGACUCAACCGAGUUACCCACUCAGCAGGCGCCAAUUUCAAUCAAUCCUAAUUCUUCCAAAGAUAAGGUUUUUGUCUACUCUUCUGAAGUUCUACCCCCUCCUCUGUCCUCUCCCUUCAUCCCCUCUUUCUCUCUCCUCCAUUGUUGUAAACCUUCUUGAAGGAGAGAGAAAGAGCAAAACUUUUCAUAUAUUUUCAAUUCAUAUUCUUUGACAAACAAAUAAGAAAACCCUAGUAAAAACCCAGAAAAACAAGAACAAAUAUGACAACAUUGCAAGCUUCACUUUUACUGAAACCCCCAUUUUUUGCACCCCAUUCUAUACGUUUAUCUCCUGUUCUUCUUCGCUUUCGUUGUCAUUCUCUCUCCUGUUUUUCUCUCAAUUCUUGCUUUUCACGUUCACGCAAAUUCUCCAUAAAUUGCUGCACAUUACACAAUCAAGAACCCAACUUUAGUGCAAAUUCUAUCCCAAAUGAAAAACCCAGUUUCUCAAAUUCUAAUUUUGAGCAACAAAAUUCUGAUUCUGGGCAAGAAAUUGAAAACCCUGAAAGUAGUAUUGGUGGUGGGGAGGAGAGUGUUUUAAGAAUUGAGGAGAGAGAAAAUGAAGGGGAGAAGAAAAGGGAAGAGGGUAAGUUGGCAAUAGUGGUGUUUUUGGUGGGAAUUUGGGUAAAUUUUAAACAAAGAUUGGAGAAGAUUUGGUUAUCUGGGUGGUUGAGUUGGUGGCCAUGGCAGCAGGAGAAGCGGCUCCACCGUUUGAUAGCUGAGGCGGAUGCCAAUCCGACCGACGCCGCCUUGCAGAGUUCUUUGCUUGCUGAACUCAACAAGCAUAGCCCUGAAUCUGUCAUCAAGCGCUUUGAACAAAGAGAUCUUGCAGUGGAUAGCAGAGGCGUCAUAGAGUAUCUUCGAGCUCUGGUGGCUACCAAUGCCAUUGCUGAUUACCUACCUGAUGAGCAAUCUGGAAAGCCAUCCAGUCUUCCCACAUUGUUGCAAGAGUUGAAACAACGUGCAUCAGAAAAUGUAGAGGAGCUUUCUUUUAACCCUGGAAUAUCUGAGAAGCAGCCAUUACAUGUGUUGAUGGUUGAUCCUAAGGCAUCCAACAAAUCAACACGUCUUGCACAGGAGCUCUUCUCAACUAUCCUCUUCACGGUUGCUGUUGGUUUAGUUUGGAUAAUGGGAGCUGCUGCACUUCAGAAGUACAUAAAUGGCUUAGGCGGCAUAGGAACCUCAGGUGUUGGAUCGAGUUCUUCAUACACUACUAAGGAGUUGAGUAAGGAAGUUGUUCCAGAGAAGAAUGUUAAAACUUUUAAGGAUGUUAAGGGCUGCGAUGAUGCGAAGCAAGAGCUCGAAGAGGUGGUGGAAUACCUCAAAAAUCCUUCAAAAUUUACUCGCCUUGGAGGGAAGUUGCCAAAGGGAAUUCUUUUGACUGGAGCUCCUGGUACUGGUAAAACACUUCUUGCCAAGGCCAUUGCUGGGGAAGCUGGAGUACCAUUUUUCUACAGGGCAGGUUCUGAGUUUGAGGAGAUGUUUGUUGGUGUUGGUGCUCGACGAGUGAGGUCCUUAUUUCAAGCAGCUAAGAAAAAGGCUCCAUGCAUCAUUUUCAUUGAUGAAAUUGAUGCCAUUGGAUCAACAAGAAAACAGUGGGAAGGACAUACCAAGAAGACCUUGCAUCAACUGCUUGUUGAAAUGGAUGGUUUUGAACAGAAUGAGGGUAUAAUAUUGAUGGCUGCAACUAACUUGCCUGAUAUUCUGGAUCCCGCUCUGACCAGACCUGGCAGAUUUGAUAGGCAUAUUGUUGUUCCCAGUCCAGAUGUACGGGGUCGCCAAGAGAUCCUAGAGCUAUAUAUACAGGAUAAACCAAUUGCUGAUGAUGUUGAUGUCAAAGCAAUUGCUCGUGGUACUCCGGGAUUUAAUGGGGCAGAUCUGGCAAAUUUGGUCAAUAUUGCUGCCAUUAAGGCCGCUGUUGAAGGUUUCGAAAAAGUGACCGCUGCUCAAUUGGAGUUUGCGAAAGAUAGAAUACUAAUGGGGACAGAGCGGAAAACUAUGUUCAUAUCAGAGGAGUCGAAAAAGCUUACUGCAUACCACGAGAGUGGCCACGCAAUCGUAGCUUUGAACACUGAGGGUGCUCAUCCAAUCCACAAAGCAACAAUUAUACCACGUGGAUCUGCUCUAGGGAUGGUUACGCAGCUUCCUUCAAGUGAUGAGACAUCAGUUAGCAAGAAGCAACUAUUGGCCCGUCUUGAUGUUUGUAUGGGAGGUCGGGUAGCAGAGGAACUUAUAUUUGGUCAAGAUCAUAUCACGACUGGAGCAAGUAGUGACCUUAACACGGCUACAGAACUUGCUCAAUAUAUGGUAACAACUUGUGGGAUGAGUGAGACAAUCGGUCCUGUUCAUAUUAAAGAGAGGCCUGGUUCAGAAAUGCAAUCUCGUAUUGAUGCAGAGGUUGUCAAACUCCUUCGAGAUGCAUAUGACCGGGUGAAGGCCUUGCUAAAGAAGCACGAGAAAGCAUUGCACGCUUUAGCUACUGCACUAUUGGAGUAUGAGACACUUAGCUCAGAAGAUAUAAAGCGCAUUCUUCUUCCGUAUCGGGAAGAUAUCCAACUGAUGGAGCAGCAAGAACAGCCAGAAGGGGACCUUGUCUUGGCCUAAAAAAAUUAGUUUCCCCUAUUUUUUUUAGUAUUGAUGAAAUAUGAAGUGAGGUUGCUUCUUGUGGGAGAACAAGCAGAUCAAAGGGCUGACGGCUCGGACCAUCAUUGUACAUUGUACACUAACAUACAAACGCAUUGAUACACUAAGGCAGCUGCAACCAUUCCUUUGCUGAUUGAUGGUCGUCUUAUUUGUUGUACUAUCCAAUGGGCUCUCCAUGGCGAUCAUCGUUGCAGAUCAGAUCACAUCUCCAAAGAAAUUUUUAGGCACCCAAAGAAGGAUUGUUCCUCAAUAAUAGGUUUUUAGUAGCUGAAGCAACUUCUGUGUAACUUAUUUUUGUCAUUAUUUUGGUAGCUGAAUUAGCUUAAACUGUUUAUAAGCAUUUUUUGGAUCUACAAUCAGUGACUAUAUAUAUCUGGGACUACAAUUUGUUCUUGCA